CACUGACCACUGUGACGCACAUUACCUAAGCACAGGCACUGCACGUCAUCCAUCUUUUGCCUUUCUUCGGCGCCGAUAUAGAUUGGCAUCGGUUCCGUUUCCAACCACCGAAGCACCUACAGCAACACCUUCAUCACAUCUCGACAUCGACGGCCACGUUUCUUCAGCAUCGAGUCGCACCCACGAUAAUGUCUUUUACCCUCACCAUCCGCGCUGGGCCUGCGCGCCUGGCUUCGCGGAUUCCCGAGUUCGCAAAGACAUCGAGCGGUCCUGCCGCCGCCAUCCGGGCGUUCCACAAGUCUGCGCCCAAGACCACCAACUUCUUCACCUCGAGGACGACGACUCCCUCGCUCAUCGCCCAGAAGCCCGCCACCAACAGCCUCCUCGCUCGUCUCCAGGGCGCCCGCCGCGGUUACCAGUACCAGUCUCACUCUCAGCCCCAGCAGGACAAUGGCCUGUUGAUGCGCAAGCUCCUCGUCGGCGGCGCCAUGGUCGGCGGCACCUGGGUUACUCUGCAGUUCAUGUUCAACCGGGAGACUCGCGCGGACGGCGGCAUGCCCGCGUACGAGAGCUCGUACCUCAACAAGACCUUCAUGCACACUGGACUCGGCAUCGGCAUCAUCGGUCUGUCGGCCUACCAGAUGCUCCAGACUGGCUUCACCUAUCGUCUCAUGGCUACGAACCCUUGGGUUGUCGCUAUCGGUGGUCUCGCUCUCUCUUUCGGUUCCAUGCUUGCUACUCGCGCUAUUGACCCUGAAAACUACAUUCCCAAGUAUGCCUGCUGGGCCGUCUUCAACGCCACCCAGGCCGCCUUUGUCGCUCCUCUCCUCGCCAUGGCUCCUCCCGCUCUCCUCGCUCGCGCCGGUCUCUACACCCUCGCUAUGAUGGGCGCCAUCUCGUUCGUCGGUGCCACCGCUAAGCAGGAGAAGUACCUCUACAUAGGCGGUCCUCUUCUCGCUGGUGCUGCCAUUGUCGCCGUUUCUGGUUUCGCUCCUCUGGUCCUCCCCGCCACCGCCGUCCGCACCCUCGCCUUCACCGAGAACCUCUGGCUCUAUGGUGGUCUUGCCGUCUUCGGUGGCUUUACCCUCUAUGAUGUCCAGAAGGUACUCUACCAUGCUCGUCUCGCCCAGGCUGGCGUCAUCAAGGAGGAUCCCGUCAACGAGUCCAUCUCGCUUGAGCUCGACUUCCUCAACAUCUUUGUUCGCAUGGUUCAGAUUCUCAUGAUGCAGCAGAACCGCAGGAAGUAAGGGGUGUUCGUAGGAUGAGUUGAACAAGAAAGCGUUGAACAAGAUACCAGAUCGUUUGCUUUUGAAGUUUUUGGUUAGCACUCUGCUCAGUGUUUAUUGUCGACGGAGGAGUCACGCAAGAAGAAGCUGUUGGUCUGAUUCAGUUCAAGCAGUUGUUUGUAUUCCACUUGUAUAUCUAGAUAUCUCAAGAAACUCCCAAUAAAAAACGACAAAACCCAAGAU